AGCACCGUGUUUUAUUUACCCAUUCUUCUCAAGGUAGCAUUUACUCGCAUUUAUCCAGAUUUCCCACCAUUCCCGGAUGGAACGUUACAAAUUCGAACUCAAAUGACAAUGAGAAUCGAACAGUCAAGAGUGUACAUUGCCAUCCCACACUGAAAUGUAGCAUCCACCGGCAUUUAUCCACAUCUCCUACUGUUUCCGAUUUCCCGGCGGAUGAUGAUCUCAUCUAGUCUAGACGUUAUAAUUCAAAUUCAAAUGCAGAAAAGAGGGGAAACAACUGGUCAGAGCAAACGAGCAUAUACGACCCGCCACCCGAUCUGAUAAUGGUACGUACUGUACAGGAUAAACAGGAGCCACCAACCGAUGCAAUGCGUUUUGUUUGCCGUUUCGCUGUCGAGUGCCAUCUCAUCGCAUCGCAUCGCACUUCCCUUUCUUGAAGCCACCGCAACCAACACCCGAACAAAUCCUCAAUUACAACGACGCACCACCGUCCACCCAAGCCAAGCGACGCCACCGCUUUUAAAAUCCGCGCAGCCACCCAACGGAUCGAGCUCCCCCACCUCGCCUCGCCCCUUCCCCCGUCUGACCCUAGGGUUUCCAUCCAGCUCUUCCGGAAGCUUCCAAAAAUGGCCACCGACGAGCUCGCCCCCGCCCCCGCUCCGGCCCCGGCCGGGGGCGACCAGUCCCCGGCCUUCUCGUUCAGCAUCUGGCCGCCGACGCAGCGCACCCGGGACGCGGUGGUGCGGCGCCUCGUGGACACGCUCGCGGGGGACACCAUCCUCUGCAAGCGCUACGGCGCGGUGCCGGCCGCCGACGCCGACCCCGCGGCGCGCGCCAUCGAGGCCGAGGCCUUCGACGCCGCGGCCGCCACGGGAGGCGCCGCCGCCACCGUGGAGGAGGGGAUCGAGGCGCUGCAGUUCUACUCCAAGGAGGUGAGCCGCCGCCUCCUCGACUUCGUCAAGUCCCGCUCCGCGGACGCCAAGCCCGACCCGCCGUCCGAGGAGGCUGCCGCGCCCGAGGCCGAGGCCGAGGCCGCCGAGCCCGCGGCGUGAGCGCCGGACAGCCAUUCAUUCCCGUUUCUAUUUCCUGAGAUGAGAUGAGUAGCAUCUGGAAAUUUGUGUGGCGACUGCAGCCUUCUGUGGCUUGGGUCUGAGUUUUUAUGACUUGAAUGUUAGCCUGUUUGCGCACAUCUAUGCAAUUCUUGUUCUUCCAUGAAUACCUCUGUUUUUAGUGCGUCCUCUUAUUUUUC